UUGUCGCGUCAAAGGUUGAGCACAUUGUUCCUCGGCGGUAUAUUAUGGUUUAGAUAGCGAUGAAUGAAAUCGUGUUCUGUUAACAAAUCCAGCGCUCGUCUGCAAAUCUUGGGGUCUUUCAACCAAAAAUCCGACUGGCUGUGGCUUUGCUGUGUUUUUGAUCCAUUUCAACAACGCCGUUUGUGGUCAGACUAGCGCGGGAUGGCUGGAAUUCUGUUCGAAGAUAUCUUUGAUGUAAAAGACAUCGAUCCAGAUGGCAAGAAAUUUGACAGAGUGUCUCGACUACAUUGUGAAAGUGAAUCUUUCAAGAUGGACCUCAUCUUGGAUGUGAACAUUCAGAUAUAUCCUGUUGAUCUUGGUGACAAGUUCAGACUGGUCAUUGCCAGCACAUUGUAUGAAGAUGGAACACCAGAUGAUGGAGAAUACAACCCUCAAGACGAUCGGCCGUCUCGAGCAGACCAGUUUGAGUACGUGAUGUAUGGAAAGGUUUACAAGAUUGAAGGAGAUGAAACUUCAACAGAAGCAGCCACGCGUCUCUCCGCCUACGUGUCUUAUGGAGGCUUACUGAUGAGGCUGCAGGGAGACGCCAACAACCUCCACGGCUUUGAAGUGGACUCCAGGGUCUACCUUCUCAUGAAAAAGCUGGCCUUCUGAACACCACUCUGUUCGCCCCCCUUCCCAUUGCCAACUAUUUCUAGCUAUCUUCAAAUUUAUAUUGAAAUUCACGGACCCCGGUCUGCAGGUCAUGGCAUUUUACAGACUGAGAACAUUGAUUCUUUUGGACAAAUAUUUUGAAAACAUUUUUUUUAAUAUGUGUUGAUUCAUAAAAAUAUGCUUCUACAGACGUAUGAUACAGACUGAAGACUUUGACAAAAAAAGACCUGCUGCCAUCUCAUGCGCAAACAAUGUAAAUAAAUAUUUCUUUUAUAAAAACUAUAGGUAACAGGU